UUAAGGUGGUUUCGUUUAGUUGGAGAUGAGAGAGUUUAGAGAACUUCCCAUCAUUUCAGGAAAUGCCUUCCCAUUUUUUGUUGUGUCCCGCCUCUUUCUAGGUGAAGGUGACAUGCUGAUCGGAAGCAUUUGUCAGUAUUUCUUAGCUGCAACAGUUGCUUCAAGUGAGGCACACAGGGCGCACCUCAGUCCAAUCGUCCUCGGACUGUUUGAAUUUGAGGACGCUAUUGUAGCAGUGCCGACAGAGUCUCAAUGUUGUCUGCAACACUACUUGCCUGGGAACUGGAGCAAGGAGAGGUCUGAGAGAGUCAAGCUUUUUUCAUUACUCUUCCUCGGUGAGAAUGGCAAGGAUUCGGAUUCCUAGCACAAUUGUUAUAAUUUUUGUUACAGUUCAGACUGGAUUCUUACUCUUCAUGUAUGCCCGGUACAGUAGCUUCAUGCCUCAGUCUGAGGAGAAACCAUCACAAGUCCACAUACUUAUUCUCUCCUCUUGGCGGUCAGGAUCUUCUUUUGUUGGUCAACUUUUCAGCCAGCACCCCAGUGUCUUCUACCUGAUGGAGCCUGCAUGGCACGUGUGGGUUACAAUGUACCAGAACAGUGCCAAAGUCUUACACAUGGCAGUGCGGGAUUUAGUCAGGUCGGUCUUUCUGUGUGACAUGUCUGUGUUUGAUGCUUACAUGCCUUGGAAAAGAAACUUAUCUGAUCUUUUCCAGUGGGCAGCAAGUCGGGCUCUGUGUUCAGCUCCUGCUUGUGACUCUUUUCAACGUACCGACAUAACCAGUGAACUGGCAUGCAAGACUCUUUGUGGACGGUAUCCAUUCAGCAAGGUGGAGGAAGCCUGUAAAACUUACAGCCAUGUUGUCAUCAAGGAAGUUAGAUUCUUUGACUUGAAGGUCCUAUACCCCCUCCUCACUGAUCCAUCCCUGAAUCUCAAAAUUAUUCACCUGGUCCGUGACCCCAGGGCAGUCGUUAAGUCACGGGAACAAUCCGUGAAAGCGUUAGCCCGUGACAAUGGAAUUGUCUUGAGUACCAAUGGCACUAAAGUGGAAGAUAGCAAAUACAAAGUAAUGCAAGAGGUUUGUAGAAGUCAUGUUCAGAUUUAUGAAACAGCAACUCUAAAACCACCUAAUUUCCUGAAAGAUCGCUAUUUAAUGGUCCGUUUUGAAGAUCUGGUAAGAGAUCCAUUAUCAGAAAUCUCAGAAAUGUAUAAAUUUGCAGAUCUUAGUUUGACUCCUAGGCUCAAAAGCUGGGUUUAUAAUAUCACUCAUGGACAGGGACCGGGGAAAAAAAAAGAAGCCUUCAAAAUAACAUCCCGAGAUGCAGUUAGUGUUUCACAGGCCUGGAGAAAUGUUCUUUCCUUUCAGAAAGUUAAGAAAAUACAGGAAGUUUGCAAAGGGGCUAUAAGCAGUCUUGGUUAUCAGCUAGUGGAUUCAGAAAAAGAACAAAGAGAUCUGACAUUAGAUCUGGUGUUGCCAAGACGACAAAAUCAAUUCAGCUGGUCAUCAUUUAAUCCAAAGCACUGAGACAUUUUUGAGAGAUCUGGGGAGUUGGGGCAAGGUAGUUGUUUGAAUAUUUCUAUACUGCACAGCAUAUAGUAAUUGGAAAAUCCUUGGCUGAUGACUUUAUCUUUUCGUCUGCUCCUUUUCUGUUAAUGUAAGAAGUUUUUUUUCCCCUGAGUUUUUUACAUAUUAAAAAAAAAAAAGACAGCAUGAUACUUUGUCAGCCUGUUACUGUGCUGCUCACAGCAUUGUUUUAAGAAUAUAAUUUAAGCACUUUCUAUUAAAAGAUGGAUUCUCAAAGAUGUCUGUUUAUUGAUAA